AUGUCGAAGCCUUUUGACCCAGAGCAGGCGCAGAACCUGGAGGAUAUGGAGAAGCAGUUCGCAGUCAAGGCCGUCGAACACCUCAUGACAUACUGGGCCAUCCUCGAAAAGGUCCCCGGCUCGAAGCUCCGCUUGACCAAGAUGGACGACGAGAUCUACGCACACUUCAAGGAAGAAUUCCCCGACUUCGACCCCGCGGCGACCCUCAUCGAGGACGAGAUGAAGAGCAAGGCCGGCAAGGAGAAGUGGCGCAACUGGAUGAUGAAGUAUGAGAAGACGAUUCACGACUUCAACUUUGGCACGAUUAUCCGGACGAACCCCAAGUACGAGUAUGAUCAGGAUACUACUAUUUUCGGUGUUCGUAUGCAGUUCUACGCUGUUGAGAUUGCGAGAAACCGCGCUGGUCUGAACGACUGGGUCUACGAGAAGGCGCAGAAGGCUAGCUCGUAA